GUGACAUCGAAAUACUCGUUGGAAUAGGAACGCAACCAGGCAAAGAACGUGCAGUUUAUAACACCGGUAUUUCACCAAAAGUCCAGAGGAUUUGACGCAUAUCGAACGGAUACGUAUUCAACCCAAGCGUGACAAGACAGGAAGAUGGAUGAGCUACAGGACGUGCAGUUGACUGAGAUCAAGCCCCUGCUGACCAAUAAGAAUUCCCAUAACUUCCAGGACUUUGACUGCCAGGAGCAUGAUAUUGAGACUCAGCAUGGCGUGCUCCAUGUGACCAUGAGGGGCGUUCCCAAGGGCAACCGGCCAGUAAUCCUCACCUACCAUGACAUCGGACUCAAUCAUAAGUCGUGCUUCAACACGCUGUUUAACUUUGAGGACAUGCUGGAGAUCACGCAGCACUUUGCCGUGGUCCACGUGGACGCCCCCGGACAGCAGGAGGCGGCAGCACCCUUCCCCACCGGGUACCAGUACCCGACCAUGGACGAACUGUCUGAGAUGCUGCCCUCGGUUAUGACUCAGCUCAAGGUGAACAGUGUGAUUGGGAUUGGCGUGGGAGCAGGAGCCUACAUCCUAUCCCGGUUUGCACUGAACAACCCUACUCUGGUAGAGGGCCUGGUUCUGAUCAACGUGGAUCCGUGUGCCGAGGGAUGGAUCGACUGGGCUGCCUCCAAGCUCUCUGGAUGGACCAGUAACAUCGUGGACACAGUGAUGGCUCACCACUUCAGCACUGAUGAGCUAACAGACAACCAAGAGCUGAUCCAGACCUACCGCCUUCACAUCGCCCAGGACAUCAAUCAGGACAACCUGGCCCUCUUCUGUGCCUCCUACAACGGUCGUCGGGAUCUGGAAAUCGAGAGACCAGUCAUUGGUCUGAAUGAGGACACAGUGAACACACUGAUGUGCCCUUCUCUGUUGGUGGUUGGAGACACAUCUCCUGCAGUGGAGGCAGUGGUGGAGUGCAAUUCCAGGUUAAAUCCAACCAAGACUACACUGUUUAAGAUGGCUGAUUGUGGAGGCUUGCCUCAGGUUGUGCAGCCUGGGAAACUGGCAGAGGCCUUCAAGUACUUUGUUCAGGGUAUGGGUUAUAUGCCCACGGCUGGAAUGAGUCGUCUGGUCCGAUCCCGCACCACCUCCUCCUCCAGCAUCACCUCCAUGGACAGCAUCCGCAGCCGCAACCUCAACAGCCUGCUGGAGAGAGCCAACACCACUGGGGGCCUGGACAACCAGCCUGGGCCCCAGACCAUGGAGGUCUCCUGCUAAAUCUUCCCAUCUCUCCCUCACUCCACAUAGGGUAGCAGCCCUCACCGAUGGCCCUCUCUUCCUCCCUCUCUUCCUCCAUGUCUCCCAGUCUCUCUCUCUCUCCUACCCUGCUCCGAAGCUACUCAAUGCCAGGGUGUUCUGUGAUGAAUUGUGUGAUAAAUAUGAGAAUAUAUACAAUUGAAGAUUAAAUAUAAUACUGUAUACAUGUCAAACCUCGAGCCACAAGCUGAGGGGACAAAAUAAAGGAUGAAUCAGAUAUACUGUAUACUCCAAGGGUCUAGGUACGAUCCCCCACCCAACUGUUUCUCAUCAUUUCAUAUGUAUGCAUGUGUCUUGUGCAAGUGAAUCUGGAGACUUAUUUUCCGGGUUUCAAUUACUGUUUGUCCCUCCUUUGUUCCGAUUGUUGCCUUUCACAUCUUUUAUUUAUUUGAUUCACCAUGUGUCUGUGUGUAUAGGAUUGGUUCCUCAGCACAGGAGGGGUUGAAGAGUCCCAUCUCUCACAUCCACUGUAGUCUAAACACACAUUCCUCUUCCUUCUCUUAUACUAUGUUCUAGAACACAUUUACACUUAAAACCUUCAUUCAUUGCACAUAUUUAGACACAUUUUUUGUUUGUUGUGAACUGUGAACACACGCCUCCUUUGAUUGUGUGGCAUAGUGUAGAUGUGUGUUUUCCUGUACUGUACCUUGCUGCACUGCUCUGCUCUGCCGAGUCACUCCAUUCACACUGUAGAAUGAUCACUCAAGCUGGGUGCAAACACAAGAUUCAUGACUUCCUGUACAUUUCUCUGCAUUGUGUUGUUUUCCAAAUGGCAGGUUAUACUGGCCCAAAUGACAGAAUGAAUGCGCUGUGUUUUGGUUGUUCUAGAACAUUAUACUUGCUUUUUAGGAAUAUGCAAAAAUGUAAGGAAAUUCAAUGGGAAAGAACCGUGGGCCAAUGUGAUUGUCUAGCUUCAAUCACUUCUCCUUUCAUCUGUUUCGAAAAUGUUUAUUUUGUAAUUGAUGUCGUCUUUUUCUGCUUUACAUUUUUGUUUUUAUAGUCCGUUCACUCAUCGCUUGAGUAGACAUACACGAUGAAUAACAACUUAACAAGCCUGUUAUAAUGUGAAAAUGUGUUCAGUCUUCACUGCAGGGCCCAGUGGUGCUUAUCACGGUCUGCCAAUUCAACUCAUUUAUACUACUAAAUAAAGCUAGAAGAUGUAAAAUGG